CCCUGCCCACUGCAGCCCCCUCUGUCUCCGCAGUUCCCCACGCCCGGUGUGUCCCUGCGUGUCCCUGUCCCCUCUGUGUCUCUAUAUUCUUACAUGCAUGGCCGAGGAUGUGUCCAUGCCCUGUAUAUUCCUGUGCAUCCUUGUGUCCCAAGUGUCCCCAUGCUAGGUACAUCCCUAUGUGAUCCUGUACUUGUCUGUACCCCAUGUGUCCCCAUGUCCUGUGUGUCCCUUUUCCCCCACGGGUCCCUAUGAUUCCUUGCAAGGCCGUGGACACGUCCAUGGCAUUCGUGUCCUUGCCUUGCACUUCUUCGUGCCUUGUGUGUUCCCAGGUGUCCCCAUGCCUGGUGCAUCCUCCCGCAUCCCCAUGCCCAGUGUGUCCCAAUGCCAUGUGUCCCCCACAUGUCCCCAUGCCCUCGUGUCUCCGCACCUGGUGGCUGGAUGGCAAGCGCAAAAGAAAGAGCAGCCAAUGUUUGGUGAAGAGCAGCAUGUCAGGGUACAUCCCUAGUUACCUGGACAAAGAUGAACAAUGCGUGGUGUGCGGGGACAAAGCCACCGGCUACCACUACCGCUGCAUCACCUGCGAGGGCUGCAAGGGCUUUUUCCGUCGGACCAUCCAGAAGAACCUGCACCCCACCUACUCUUGCAAGUACGAUGGCUGCUGUGUCAUCGACAAGAUCACCCGCAACCAGUGCCAGCUCUGCCGCUUCAAGAAGUGCAUCUCCGUGGGCAUGGCCAUGGACCUGGUCCUGGAUGACUCGAAGCGGGUAGCAAAGAGGAAGCUGAUUGAGGAGAACCGGGAGCGGCGGCGGAAGGAGGAGAUGAUCAAAUCACUGCAGCAUCGCCCCAACCCCAGUGCGGAGGAGUGGGAGCUGAUCCACGUGGUGACAGAAGCCCACCGCAGCACCAAUGCCCAGGGCAGCCACUGGAAGCAGAAGCGGAAAUUCCUGCCUGAAGACAUCGGCCAGUCGCCCAUGGCCUCCAUGCCCGACGGGGACAAAGUCGACCUGGAGGCGUUCAGCGAGUUUACAAAAAUCAUCACCCCGGCCAUCACCCGCGUGGUCGACUUUGCCAAAAAACUGCCCAUGUUUUCGGAGCUGCCUUGCGAAGACCAGAUCAUCCUGCUGAAGGGCUGCUGCAUGGAGAUCAUGUCGCUGCGGGCGGCUGUGCGCUACGACCCCGAGAGCGAGACACUGACGCUCAGCGGGGAGAUGGCUGUCAAACGUGAGCAGCUCAAGAAUGGUGGCCUCGGCGUUGUCUCCGAUGCCAUCUUCGACCUGGGCAAGUCCCUCUCUGCCUUCAACCUGGAUGACACCGAGGUGGCCCUGCUCCAGGCUGUGCUGCUCAUGUCCUCAGACAGGACGGGGCUGAUCUGCGUGGAGAAGAUUGAGAAGUGCCAGGAGAUGUACCUGCUGGCCUUCGAGCACUACAUCAACUACCGCAAACACAACAUUCCCCACUUCUGGCCCAAGCUGCUGAUGAAGGUGACGGAUCUGCGGAUGAUCGGCGCCUGCCAUGCCAGCCGCUUCCUGCACAUGAAGGUGGAGUGUCCCACCGAGCUCUUCCCCCCCCUCUUCCUCGAGGUCUUCGAGGACCAGGAGGUGUAGGGAUGCCACCCACCCCCCUGUGCCCUCCACCGCCCUUCCCGCUCUGCAUCCCCCAGCCCCCCAAAUUUUUAGUGACCCCGCCCCAGGGGUGAGAUGGGGGGAAGGGGAAUGCAGUGCCCAGGGUGGGGGGUCCCACUGUGCCCCCCCGUGGCCCUCUCUACUGCUCCCCCCGCGCCCCAGGACUUGAUGAAUUUUGUUUGUUUGCACAGGGAAGGGCCCCGACAGUCGAGCGUUUCCUUUAUUGUCCUUCUCUUCUUAGAUUAUUAUUUUUUAAGCAUUUAUUUCCCUCCCUGAGAGGCUAAAAUAUUAAACUAACUGCACUUUGGAAGGAGAGAGGAGGAGGAGGAGGAAGAGCAGAGCAGAGGAGAGGAGGGGGCUCUGGGCUGCACAGGGAGAGGCUGCCUGGGCCACGGCCACAUGCACUUUUGGCCGGGCAGCAGCACGGGGCUGGGAGGGGGGCCAGGACCACCCCACAUAGCGGGGUGAGGGGCACAGGGGGCACAGCAGUGGCGAGGGGGAGCCCAUCCCAGGGGGGUACAGGACUAGUGGCUCCCCCCCCUCGUCCUGCUGGCUUCUGGGUCUGCCCCAGCAGGGGUGGUCCCCCCUCACCCCCCAAAUUUGGGGCCAGAUUCGGGGCUUUGGUUUUCUCUGUCUUUUUUGGGCUGAGAGGAGAUGAUUUUGUGCCAAGCGCCAGUGGAUGGUGGGCGCUGCAGGAUGCUGGGGGGGGGGGGCGGGCUGUGGGGACCCAUCCUGGCUGUCCCCCACACCACCCCCCACCUUUUCCGUUGUCCCUUUUUUUUUUUGUUGUUGUUGUUGGUUUUUUUUCCUCCCUCGUCCUCGUGGGUUUAUUUGUCCUGUCUGUCAGAAGUUGCAAUGGCCCCGGAGGCACCAGCGGGGGGGGAGGGGGGGAGGGGGCAGCGGGUGCCCCCUCCAGGACCCCACCCUGACCCCACUGCACUACUGCCCCAGCCCCCCAGCAGCAGCACUUCUGGGGGCUGCACC